AUUUUUGGUGGCCAAGUGCAGCGCCAGCUUCUCACGCUCUCUCGGUGGCCUGUGGCCUAUCGCAGCACCUUCGACCGCCAGCUCGAGGCUUAUCAAUUAGACUGGACCCCCCCCCCUCCCAAACCCCCAGCACCAAAUUCCCAUCUGUGAUGGGCGACGACGCAACAGGCGGCUCGGGUGCCUCGGUGCAAGAUGCGACCCCUAUGUAUGCAUCGGGAGAGGACAUAACCUCUCUGCAGGCGUUGACUGCAGCGCGGCAGCGCCUCCUAUCGGCACGAGAAUUCAACACGUUCAGACCGUCGUACCAUGUGCAGGCACCGUACGGUUGGAUGAGCGACCCGUGUGCUCCGGGAUUCGUCCCGUCCAUGCAACCCAAUGGCGAGCACCGUGGUGAUGCGCGAGGAUUCUACCACCUGUUCUUCGAGUGGAAUCCUCUGGAUAGCGAAUGGGGCAACAUGAGCUGGGGGCACUACCUCUCAGAGGAUAUGGUGCAGUGGCGCUUGCCGGACAAUGUCGAGGCGCGUGCCCUUCCAGAGCUGGUAAUCAAGCCUGAGGAUAGCAAGCAGUACCCCGAAGAUUGCAAAGGGAUCUUUAGCGGCUGUAUGCGCCCAGGCCUACCUUCUGACGCUGCGCCGCAGUCAACGUCAAACACCACGCUGUUGACCUUGAUCUACACCGCCGCAUCGUCGCUCCCGAUUCAUUACACCUUACCUUACACACGCGGCUGCGAAAAGGUGGUCCUUGCCACUUCUUCAGACGGCGGCCGCACAUGGCAGCGGUACAACGGCGGGCGGCCUGUGCAAGGAGCCGAAGCACCGCCAGAAGGCUUGGACGUCACCGGCUGGCGCGAUCCGUACGUUGCAGAGUGGGAAGAUAUGCGUGCCAUCCUGGCAUCCUCACUCCCGUCUACCGGAGGGGAUAACCAGCUCUUUGGGAUCCUAGCAGGUGGGAUACGCGGCAUCACGCCAACCGUCUUUCUUUACUCCCUCAGCGAAGGCCUCACCCGAUGGACCUACCGCGGAACGCUGCUCCGCCCCGGGCUACACGCACGCCUCGGCACGCGCACCGGUGACCUGGGCAUCAAUUUUGAAGUUUGCAACUUCGCCUCUCUGCGCCACGCGACGGGCACACAGCUGUACCUCCUGCUUAGCGCUGAGGGCACGCAGCCAACACCGUGGUCGCGCCGUCCGGCGACGGCACAGAGUAAGUGCCAUCUGCAGAAGCCCGACCGCAGUUCAAGUCAUGAGUGCGCGAGCGUGAAUCCACGGCCAAAUCGCCGGUUGAUGUGGAUCGCUUGCGAUGUGCAGCGCAAUGCCGCAACGGACGAGCUGCUCAAAAUGCGCGCGUGUGCGGCCCUUGAUUACGGCUGCCUCUACGCUGCAAAUUCUUUCUUGGACUCUUGUACCCAGCAGCGCGUUCUAUGGGGCUGGAUUCCAGAAGAAGACGUCGGCGAGGAGGGCCGUGCGGCGCAAGGAUGGGCCGGCUGCCUGAGCCUCCCACGCGAACUCUUCGACCACGUCACGUACAACGUCGUUGGCAGCCUGUUUGCAGAGCCGCUAGAGGAGACUGGUUUGUUGCAGUACGACAGCAGCUCGGGAAUCGCGCGAUUGCUGGGCAUCAGACCUGCCAGACAGGCGGUCGGGCUCCGGGACAACUCGCAGAGCCACGCUUUGCAAAUGGCAGAAGUAGAUACCAAGUGCGACACGCAACUGCUCGCCUUCGAUGCCGAAACGCUCAGUGUACUCGCCUACCCGAUCUUUGACGGCGCGAAGAUUGGCACUGCUUGGGAGUUCACCACGACGGUGUGUCUUGAUGAGAGCUUCUCAUCCGUCGUCGGGCUGGCCAUCCACCAUUCGGAUCAACAAUACACGCUCAUCAGCUUCGAUCGUGAGACUUCUGUUCUCUCCGUGAUUCGAACCCAUUCACACGUUCCUCGGUCAUCAGGCGAAACCGCAACCAACACCGAUUCGGACAGCGGGCCGCUCCCCGUCUUCAAAAUCAAGGAUGCCGACACAGGCAAGACGGUCAUCGAGCCACUCACGCUGCGGCUCUACUUUGACAAAUCCGUCCUAGAGGUGUUCGCAAACGAUCGACUGGCCAUCAGCACGCGCGUCUACUGCCGCUCCCAGCAACACCGCUUGUCGCUCUUUGCGGCCUCGCACACGAAAUUCACCGACACGAUGCUCUGGAACAGUCUGCGGGCAUGGAAGCAAACUGCAGAUCACGCAUAGGGAUCAUUUGCAUGGAUAGGAUAUACAUCAUGUGUACCCCGUACUUCUACAACAAAGGGUGUCUGUCGCGCAUGCAUGCAAAGGAGAAAGCGAGAGGAUGAAAAAAUGUGAGAAACCGGUGUCAAAAGACGCC